CAUUCAAAUUAAAGCCCAGAUAGGUUGUAAACGAAACUUUGGUUCCCAAGACAAUCCAUCAGAAGUGUUGUUAAAUGGGCAGGCCCAAAAUAAAUAUGAAAAAAGCUUUAAGAUAUGUCUUGAAAUACAUUAAACUAGGAAUGACAAUGAUCUUGGUACUCAGACCCGCUCCGUGGCAGGUUGGGUAAUUUAUCACGGGUCGCAGGUCGGGACAAGUCGACCCAAUGAAUAUGCAAUUUAUAUGAAAAACAUUAGAAAUAUUUGUUAUUUUAGUUAUAAGACCAAGAAAACAAACAAUAUCAUGAUAAAUGUAGUUAAAUUAUUAUUAUUAAAGAAAUUGAGGUUUUCACUAAUUUAUAACUUUAUUAUAGUUAAAUUAUGAUGUAAUAAAAGAAAAAUGCUAAGUAAUUUGACUAAGAUUACAUGAAUUUAGGUAAUAACGGGUCGAGAAUGAGGCGGGUCAGGACAGGUCGGGUCGAUGAGAGUACCCAUGCUCCCCCUCCUCGACCGCCUAUAGGACGGGCCAGACCCGCCCAAAACAGGCCAAACAAAUCGAGUAAAACGGUCAGAUCGAAAUUGCCAUCCCUGCGUUAAACAAUUAGACUGUCACUCUACCAAUUGCACAAAUGUCUUCCCUGAAAUCUUAAUAAUAACACAGAGUUUACAACCUUCACUCUCAAUCAAACUACAACCUUCACUCUCAAUCAAACUGAAUAACUUGAAAUUACAGAGCAGAGAGUGAGCAUGAAUUGGUUCCCCUGAUUCUACGGUCACGAUUGUAUUUUGUAUCGUAGGUCGAAUCAAUCACGAUAUUAAACUCAUUUGAGAAAAAUAUCAACUUUCAGAGUCCAAUACACUUACCAAGACUCAUUUUCUAUUCUAGUAGCAACUAGCAAGCUCUCAUUUUUAUUUUCUUUUUCUUUAAUCAAACUUAUUAGCUGCCAUAUAUAGCUGAGUCAGUAAAUUAACAUAAUCAAAGCUUUUCCAGUCAGUCAACAACUCCAUGCUUUGAUCCGAAGUAAACUACUAUUUUCCCAGCCGCCAAUCAGAUCUCUUUCCUCCCCAAACGAUGCCAUUUGGCAAGCCAUCCUUCAUUCUCUUCUUCACAGCAUAACAACACACAGAAACCCUCUCCAGACAAAGGAAAAGCAUCCAUGCCCCCACCUUCACCUACAGCAUACGAAAUUAAAUCUCCACCGUCGAUUCAUCCACUCCUCCAAAGCAUCAGAUUACAAGUGGACAAACCUACAGUGUCAUCUAGUUUCUGUUCCUUGUCUCUAUUUGGCAAAUUGGGGAUUUUCAUAAUCACAAAAGAUCAAGAACCAAGACCCUUUCAAAACAAGAAAGUCUGACCAUGAAAAAAGUUGGAUUUUCCCACUUUGUUAUAGUUCUGUUCAGACUAAUCCACCAAAAGUUCUGGUCUUUUUUCUAAUCUGGAGAUGGCGACCAUUCUCGUCCCUUUCAUCAGCCUAAUCUCCCCAGAUUUUUGUUGGCUUCCACCCUCAUCAAUCAAGCUGGUUGCAGCUUGGCGUCGCAGAAUAAUAAUAUGUACAACUACUGUCGGUUUCUCGCUUGUCCCACUGAGGGAAGACACUGUUAUAUCACCUGGGGAGGCCGGCUUGGGCCUGCAAUUGAGAAAUCUCUCAAAGAGAAUUUCUUACAAUGAAGUUCGUCAGCUUCAGUUUCCUCCUACUCUGCAUUUUCCAGGCGGUUUCUUCACAACCCACCACCGAUCCCAAAGAAGUGGCUGCUCUCAGCAGGAUAAUAGAGUUCUGGAACUUGAGGAACAAGUUGAACAUAACAGGAGACCCAUGUGCGCAAAAUGCAACUUGGGCACCAGAAACUGCGAACCCUCGAGUCUCUUGCUCCUGCGAUGGCACCAUCUGCCACAUCAUUCACCUGAAGGUUUAUGCUCUGGACGUUUCUGGAGAGAUACCCAUUGAGCUGUUUGAUCUCAAGGAGCUCAUGGACCUAAAUUUGGGGCAGAAUGUGCUUGGAGGACCGAUCCCAGCUGAAAUCGGGCAGUUGUCUAAGAUGCAGUACCUGAGCUUAGGAAUCAACAACCUGACAGGCACUCUCCCACCAGAGCUUGGAAACCUGACCAAGUUGAUUUCCCUAAGCUUCAGCUCCAACAAUUUCAAUGGACCCUUGCCGCCUCAACUUGGGAACUUGACCUCUUUGCAGCAGCUGUAUAUUGAUAGCAGUGGACUCAGUGGACCAAUACCGCAGGAGCUUGCUAAUCUGAAAUCUCUUCAAAAUCUGUGGGCUUCUGAUAACCAAUUCACUGGCAAAUUCCCAGAGUUCAUUGGAACUCUCACAGAACUCAGGGACCUACGACUACAAGGCACGUCGCUUGAAGGUCCAAUCCCAAGCAGUUUGAGGAAUCUAGAUAAACUUGAUAGCCUGAGGAUUGGCGAUUUAGGUGGUGCAGAUUCUUCUCUUGAUUUCUUGGGAAGCCAAACUAGCUUGUCCAUAUUGAUACUGAGGAACAGUCGCAUCUCAGGCCAGAUUCCCGAUGAAACCGGCACGUUCUUGAAGCUCCAGCUGCUGGACUUGAGUUUCAACAAGCUGGCAGGUAACAUUCCAUCCUCGUUUCAGAACUUCCCUCUGCUACGCUACAUGUACCUUGGCAGCAAUGGAUUGAGUGGAGAGAUUCCUGCCAACAUCAUAAGCUCAAACCUCGUUUCACUAGAUGUUUCCUUCAACCCCCUCUUCGGAAAACUGCCCCUAAAUUUCGCUCGAGUUGGUUUGUCCAUGAAUCUAGUCGGAACAUCCAUCGAUUCGAAUAGUCUCUUGGACAGCCAAGCAUCAGGACUCUUGCAGUGCAUCCGUCAGGAUUCCGAGUGCAGCAACAGCAAGCCACUUUCAUCCACCUCGUUCGCCAUCAAAUGUGGAGGCAGCAGCCAGACAUCCGCAUCAGGAAUCGAGUACGACGACGAGUCAGAAAUCCUCGGAGCAGCCUCACUCUACACUAGCUCCAACAACGAGUGGGCAGUGAGCAAUGCAGGGAACUUCAUUUCCAAUCCGAACGGACCGGUCUACACCGCUCGAACCGAGUCACAAAUCAUCGGCACCCUCGACUCCGAGCUCUACAAGACCGCCAGGGUCUCGGCCAGCUCGCUGAGGUACUACGGAUUGGGGCUGGAGAACGGGAAGUACACUGUCGAGCUCCAUUUCGCCGAAAUCGAGAUGGGCGACCCUUACUCGUGGCGGGGCCUGGGCCGACGUCUGUUCGACGUGUACAUCCAGGGAGACAGGGUGCUGAGGGACUUCAAUGUCCAGGCGGAAGCAGGGGGAUCGAAGCGAGCCCUGGUGAAGACGUUCGAGGCUAGCGUGAACAACACGGUAAUGGAUGUGCACUUCUUUUGGGCGGGGAAGGGAACCUGUUGCAUACCUUACCAGGGGACCUAUGGGCCUCUGGUAUCAGCCAUCCGUGUCUCUCAAGUUUCUUCUGAUGGGUUCGGGUCAGGUAAGCGUGACAAGAAGCGCGCGGGGAAGAUAGCCGGGGUGGCUGUGGGGUGUGCUGCUGCGGCUGUGAUUAUGACUUCUGUGUUCUAUUUAUGGUGGACGAAGAACUCACCCACUCAUAUGCGAAUUCACACAGAUUCGUCUAGGAAAGGUUGAUUUCUCGAGGGUAAGAGUAACUGUGUUCCUCGGUCAAGCUAAGAGAGCGAUUAGGAAUGGUGGACAACGAGGAGGGUGGGGUGCAAUUAGUCAUGGACCACGGGGAAAGUGGGUUUAUUUGGAGAGCUCAACAAGAAGUUAGUAAUAAUUGAGCACCUUGUGUUUUAUUUGUUUUUGUUAUUCUUAGUUUGGUUAUGAUCUCUCGAUUUUGGAUCGAAAGAUAACGCUCGAUCUAUUUCUCUGACAAGAUGAAAAGGGAAGCUGAUGAUGAGUGUGGUCGUCACCGUUAUGAUGAUGGUUAGGUUUGUACAAAUUUUUGUUUGUGGUUAAUGCACGAGGAAAUGUUGUUGUAACAAAAAUAAUGAUUGGUAGUUUCAUCUUUGAACUUGUUUAUUGUCAUCUUGAUCAUCUCGGUAUUACUAAGUCAUUUUGUAACUUAUGUGCAUAACUUCACUCUUCUCAAUAUAUUUUCUCAAUGUAAUACACUUCUUAAAUGUUA